AUGGCAGCGUCCGCCCGACUCGGGGCAUUGAUGGCAACCUCGCACCGCAGGCGCUGGCUGUGGUCGGGGCUCGUAGCUGCGCUCUGGCUGUUGACAGCCAGAGUGUCAACGUUGGAAGUAUAUACCCCAAAAGAAAUCUCUGUGGCAAAUGGGACACAAGGGAAGCUCACAUGCACAUUCAAGUCCACCAAUGUGACUGGCCGGCUAACCACUGUUUCCUGGAGCUUCCGGCCAGAGGGGACUAACACCACUGUGUCGUUUUUCCACUACUUCCAAGGGCAAGUAUACUUUGGGAAUUAUCCACCAUUUAAGGACAGAAUCAGCUGGGCUGGAGACCUGGACAAGAAGGAUGCAUCCAUCAACAUAGAAAAUAUGCAGUUUAUACACAAUGGCACCUACAUCUGUGAUGUCAAAAACCCUCCUGACAUUGUUGUCCAGCCUGGCCGUAUUAGACUCUAUGUCGUGGAAAAAGCGAGUUUGCCAAGUUUGCCAGUCAUGGAAAAAGGGAAUUUGCCAGGUAGGGUGGUAGUGGGCAUAGUUACUGCUGUGGUCCUAGGGCUCACUCUGCUCAUCACCAUGAUUCUGGUGGUCCUCUAUAAAAGGAAAAACUAG